AUGUUGACCCGAGAAAGCGGUCUCACCAUUGGUGAUGAAGGCGGCGAUGGCUGCCUCGGCGAUCUCGCCCUUUGCUGCACUGAGCCCAAGAAGCUGAAGCCUCGCGAUGAAGACCCUGACCCUGGCUCGUCAGAGGGCCGCGAGUUCCAAGCUCUGAUCCGCAAGUACAUGGAGAACCCGACCUGUCCCGUUGGCAAUACUAUCGCAGCUCUCAAGAUGGAAACGUCCCGGGGCCUAUGCUUGAAUGGCGUACUGGCUGGGCAGUCAGCCUGCCGUGAGAAUAAUGAGGACGUUACGCAACAUUAA